CUGCAAACCACAGAGCUGCAAACCACAGAGCUGCAAACUACAGAGCUGCAAACUACAGAGCUGCAAACUACAGAGCCGCCAACUACAGAGCCGCCAACUACAGAACCGCCAAGUACAGAACUGCCAACUACAGAGCCACAAACUACACAGUCACAAACAACACAGCCACAAACUACUGAGGACACAGAACCUUCUACACACAAAACUACAGAAACACAAAGUACAACUAGCACUGUCACAACUACGAAGACUUUGAUUACUGAAACUACACAGACACAAAAUCAGACUGGGACACCUACAGUUGAAACUACGUCAACAAAAAAGCCAACCAGUGCCCCUACUAUUAACGUAGCAGCAAUUGCUGGAGGUUCUGUAGCAGCAGUGGCAGUUGUGGUCAUAGCAGUCGGUCUUGGAAUCUUCUGUUAUAGGAGACAAAACGGCAUUGGCAAAAACAGGGACUCUACUUUUGACAUUGAAAAAGAUGGACGAGCCAACCCUUCUUUUGUGAUGGAAGAAAUAGGUGACCAGGAGAUUAUGACCAGCAAACCAGUGAAACUGUCCAACUUUGUCAACUACCACAUUGAAAUGAGUAAGGAUUCAGAGUAUCAGUAUGCAGAAGAAUAUGAGAGUCUGAAGCCAGUGGGCAGAGCGGAGUCCAGAAAUGCAGCAAAACUUCCAGAGAACAUGGGAAAGAAUCGCUACACAAACAUCCAUCCAUAUGACAAUUCUCGAGUCAAGCUGGCUGCCAUUGAUGAUGUGGAGGGAUCAGACUAUAUCAACGCCUGCUACAUGCCUGGGUUCAACUCCAGGCGGGAGUUUAUCGCUUCCCAGGGUCCUUUGCCCGACACGAAGGACGAUUUCUGGCGGAUGGUGUGGGAACAGAACAGCAGGGUCAUCGUCAUGGUAACACAGUGUGUGGAGAAGGGACGGCCCAAGUGUGAGCACUACUGGCCAUAUGAUGAGGACCCUGUGUACUAUGGUGACAUCAUUGUCCAGGUGGUAAAAGAGACUGUUCUACCAGAGUGGACUGUCAGGGACAUUACUAUACAGCGGGAUACGGAGUCGAGGAAUGUUCGUCACUAUAACUUCAUGGUGUGGCCGGACCACGGUGUUCCUGACACAACGCCCAGUCUGCUGAAGUUUGUACGAUCUGUGCGGGGUCACGUCUCCAAGGAGGCCAUGCAGAUGGGGCCUACAGUUGUCCAUUGCAGUGCGGGUGUUGGCAGGACCGGUACAUUUAUAGCCCUGGACCAUCUCCUGCUGCACAUGCAGAAACACAACUAUGUGGACAUCUACGGGAUCGUGCAUGAGAUGAGGAAACACAGGGUGUUCAUGGUACAGGCUGAGGCACAGUACAUCUUCAUCCACCAGGCCAUUGCUGACGUGUUGCAAGGAAACGACACAGAAGACAGUGAUGAAGACUAACAUACAUGUUCCAGCCCCUCUAUUAAAACAUGAAGUCCCUAGCCAACAAGAACUGGAACUCAUUUGAUGUAGUCUCUCAAUAUGAAUUGAAGACAACUAGAAAAGUAACAUUUGCAAAGCAAAUGCAUAAUGUUUACCUUCAGAUAUGGUCUGCUCUGUUAAUUCUUACUCAAACACA